UAACGGGCACGGGGAAAUCACUCGCGUGGAGAGGAAAGAAAACUGGAAGUUCUGUGGGUUUCCCUGUUGGCUCGGUGCCUUGUGAACGGUACCGUCCAUCGGUUCACAGUCUGGUUACGGCACGUUCCCGAUGAAAUCAUCACUUUUGAGGAUUCCAGCACUAAGGUUUUGGGAGUCUGCUGUGUCUGGCCAUAAUGAGUUCGUCACUGGUUGCUUAUGAUGAUUCAGACUCUGAGACAGAAACUGAAAAAACUGAAGUCCCCAAUACUUCUAGCAGCGGAACAAGCUUUCCAAGUUCUUCUGUGAAUCCUGUUCAGUACUUUGCACCUGGUAGUUUGGGUACGAAAUCUACAUAUGAAAUGCAUCCUACUGAGAACACUGACAGUUCUGGCACAAGCAGGGUUUGUGAAGAUGCCCCCAAGCAUUACGCACAGAAUAAUAGCCCUGAUUUGACAUCUUAUUGUAGGAGAGUAUACUCAGGCUGUACUGCUUUAUCUAUGUCCUACAAAAACUAUGAACAGACAUCGAGCUCUUCAACAAACUCUGGAAAUGGUGUUUCCCAGAAGAGAAUACAUAAAGACAGUACCACUGCCAUAAAAGGAAUCAGACCCUAUAUCCCUAAAAGACUGCGUCAAGAAAAUUCCAGUGUGCCUGAAAAUAAAGAAUCCGAUCAGAGAGAUAGCUCAGUUUGUGAUGUUAAGCUGGGCGUAUCAGGAGAGCAGACUUUGAGAAAGACCUCUGAAUUAAUUAAGCCGUAUUUGGGAUCCAAAUAUAAAUUAACUGAAGUCCCCAAAAGUUUAGUAUUUCACAUGUCUAAACACAGCGGCCCGGUUAAUGAAAUCCAGUGGUGUCCUGUACGAGAACAAAGCCACUUGCUUCUCUCGGCUUCUAUGGAUAAAACAGUCAAGGUAUGGGAUGCUGUAGAUACUGGCUGCUGUUUAAGAACAUAUUCCUGUCACUCCUGUGCUGUUCGAGCUGCCCAGUGGACAUCUUGUGGAAGAAGGAUCCUCAGUGGGGGCUUUGAUUCCAUGCUGCAUUUAACAGAUGUAGAAACAGGGAAGCAGAUAUUUAGCAGCAAAAAUGAAUUUAGGAUCAGCGCACUGAAGUUUCACCCUACAGAGUCAAAUAUUUUCAUUUGUGGAGGGUUCAGCCCAGAAGUUAAAGCUUGGGAUGUAAGGACUUCAAAGGUGUUAAGAGUGUACAAAGCUGCAGUACAACAGACAUUGGAUAUACUUUUUCUCCCUGAAGGAAGAGAAUUUCUUACAAGCACAGACGCAGUGAGCCGGGACUCAGCUGAUCGUACCAUUAUUGCAUGGGACUUCCAAAGUGCUGCCAAAAUCUCCAAUCAGAUUUUCCAUGAGCGUUACACUUGUCCAAGCCUGACCCUGCACCCGAAAGAGUCUGUGUUUGUUGCUCAGACGAAUGGGAACUACAUGGCUUUGUUUUCUGGCCAGCGACCUUACCGAAUCAACAAAAAGAAAAGAUACGAAGGACAUAAGGUGGAAGGAUUUGCAGUGGGCUGUGAAUUUUCUCCAGAUGGAACACUUUUGGUGACGGGAAGUUCAGAUGGCAAAGUGUUUUUCUACAACUAUCAUACUGCUAGGAUUAUUCGCACUUUGUCUGCACAUAAAGAAGCUUGUGUGAGUGCAAUAUUUCACCCAGUCUUGCCAUCGCUCCUCGCGACAUGUGAUUGGGCUGGAGAAAUCAAGAUCUGGCAAUAACAAGCAGAGCUACUUUUCAGGGUGUCUCCUGUAAGUCUGUCAAAGGCACAGGGAAUAAACCAUGGUAUGCAAUGCGAAAUUUUGUUGUGAUGUGUUGUGAGCAGGAGAGACUUUUGUCUUACACAUCUAAGUUUAUGCUUUCGUAAUGCAGUUAAGAUGGUCUUGUGAUUAGCAGCUGAGCAAAGAAGUGGUUCUUACUCUCUCCACCAGCCCCAGUGACAAAUUUCUGCCCUUUUGUGUCAAUCUUCUGGUGCUUAUCUAACCCCACCCUGGUUUGAGUAGCUAAACUUGAAGAAAAUUAUCGCUCAUUUGAAGCGGCUUUUCACUGCAGCUUUCUUAAACCAGGUUUUCACUAGUUUAGCUCCCUUACCUGGUCACUGAAGACUUAGACAAUCAAUGUGUAGUUCUAGGCAAAACAGCUUCCACACACAAGAAGGGGGAAGGUGGCAGGGCAGGCGGGACAGCUGCUUUUGGAAAUGGGUGGCUAUUCCAAGCUGAGCUUACUGCAAAAUGCUUUCUGAGAGUGCCAGGGAAAGGUGUGCCAGAUAACUUGAAGCUAAUAUUUAAGUCAAUAAGUUUGUGUUCUUUAAAUCCCAACACUUAAACUUGGGCUUUAAACUUACAUUUAUGACUUAUGUAC